UAGUGCUGGAGGCAAUUGCUCUUCCUUUUGCUGUGGCUGCUCUUUUUCUUGCUGGGCUCCUUAAAAUUCUCAGCAAGUCAGAGAACCCAGCAAAACACUGCUCUGCUUUGGCAGGAGCUGGCCCUGACAAAACAACCCUACCUCCUACAAGAUUGUGGACAAAGAGUUCUGAGUCUGAACUGCAAGUUUUACCGUAGGAAGAGACGCAUUGCUCGCCUUCUGGGUUUGACCAGCCUUUGGGCUGAUCCUGUGUCCUUGGUGUGUUGAGGCCACAUUUUCAGGAACAUUUGGAAGUCAGUUCCUGUCUACAAGGAGCUUACAAGUGAGGAGACAAGACAGACGAAAUCGCAAGGCUGGAAGUGCCCUUGGGAGGGUCUUUAAUUUGUUUCAACCCCCUGCACUGCCGAACAGGUGGGUGGCGAGCCGGAGGCCAAAAUGACUGAGCGCUUCGACUGCCACAACUGUCGGGAGUCCCUCUUUGGCCAGAAGUAUAUCCUGAGGGAGGAGAAUCCCUACUGCGUGACCUGCUUUGAGCGCCUCUAUUCCAACACCUGUGAGGAGUGCAAGAAACCCAUCGGCUGCGACUGCAAGGAUCUGUCCUACAAGGAUCGGCACUGGCACGAAUCCUGCUUUCACUGCUUCCAGUGCAAGAGCUCUCUGGUGGACAAGCCUUUCGCGGCCAAAGAGGAGCACCUACUCUGUACUGAGUGCUAUUCCAGCGAGUACUCUUCCAAAUGCAACGGGUGCCAGAAGACUAUAAUGCCAGGCACCCGGAAGAUGGAAUAUAAGGGCAGCAGCUGGCAUGAGACCUGCUUCAGUUGCCACCGCUGCCAGCAGCCCAUUGGCACCAAGAGUUUCAUUCCCAAAGACAAUCAGAACUUCUGCGUGCCCUGCUACGAGAAGCAGUUUGCCAUGCAGUGUGUCCAGUGCAAGAAGGCCAUCACCACAGGAGGAGUCACGUAUCGGGAACAGCCUUGGCACAAAGAGUGCUUUGUCUGCACCGGGUGCAAGAAGCAGCUGUCUGGGCAGCGCUUCACAUCCCGCGAUGAGUUUGCAUACUGCCUGAACUGCUUCUGCAACCUGUAUGCCAAGAAAUGCGCCGGAUGUACCAAUCCCAUCAGCGGCCUGGGAGGAACUAAGUACAUCUCUUUUGAGGAGCGGCAGUGGCACAACGAUUGCUUUAACUGUAAGAAGUGCUCUCUGUCGCUGGUGGGGCGCGGCUUCCUCACAGAGAGGGAUGACAUCCUUUGUCCGGAGUGUGGAAAGGAUAUCUGAGCUUCGAGACAAAGAAAGCCGCGUUUGUAAUACAUAUAGCUGCUUCCUGAAGUAGACGAAGCCAUGUACUAGCUUUAAUGGGCCACGUGAAGACUCUCCUCUUGUGUUUUCCGUGGGAUUCACACCUGUUAACCUCUCUCUCUCUCCCUCUCCCAGGCCAGCCAAGUCUAAGAGAAUUAGCAAACCCUUUUACAGUCUCUAGGCGAGGAAGCGGUUUUUGAAUUAUCAUGAAUCCGGAUAAUAGGGAGAAUGUUUUGGAUAUUAUACACUUUGCUUUCUUCACUUAAUAGUUGAGAAAAAUGGCUUCGAUUUCAGAGAGCCACCACGAGAUUACAUUUAAAAUCUUUCUAGCCUAUAGGUUAAACCGUAUAUAUGGAGAUUCAGCGUUCACCGACGGUGUAGUUACAUGUGAUGUAACAUGUAGAGCGUAAUUUACCAGUAUUCAAACCUUGUGCCAUGGACGAAAAGUGUGGAACGGUUAUUAAUCAUUAAAGGUGAGUGUUGUGUAACCAA